AUGAUGGUUGUAAUCGGGGUUGAUAAGUAUGUGAACAAUAAUAAUGAUCAUGUACAUGAUCUUCAACAAAUGCCUUUUGAAUCGGGUGAUGUUGUUGUAGCCUCCCAGGAGCAUAUUGGUGUUAUUCAUGGAUCGCGGUGUGGAAAGGGUGUUAUUGAAAGUUAUGGUCUUCAAUCUCCACUUGGAUCUUGUGUUGGUAGUUCUGACCUGUCCUUUGUCACCCCAAACCUUAGUACACACAAUGGCAACGUAGACCAAAAUUCAUCCUUUGUCACUCCAAUCCGUAAUACACAUAAUAGCAACCUAGACGUUAAUUUAUUUUGUCUUAGCCCUCAGAGUUGUUCCACCACGUUAAUUGGUGGUUCUUCUAUACAAUCCUCCAACGUGACUCCUCCAAGGAGGAAUAAUACCACUAUUACAGAGGAAGAUGGAAUAUGUUUCACUCCUGAGCAUGUGAAGAGCAGUGGUAUCCUUUCUAAAACCACAAACGAGGAACUUGGAUUUGGUGUGUGUAGGCCACAAGGUACGACGAAUAAAAACAAACAACUGACUGCUGCCACAUGGAGGUGUGAGUGCUAUGGUCCCCCAGAUAUGAGAGAGAGGAGGGAGGCGAAGAAGAGAGCAAAUAAUAUGGAGUUGGGGAGUAGUGCAAUACCUGAGCCACCGUCAAAGAGGACAAGGAAGUCAAAGAAGUGCGAUUGUCUUGCAAUGUUGAGAGCUAGUGUUAAUGGGGAUGGUGAGUGGGUAGUUAGAAAAGUAGUAUUAGAACAUGUUAACCACCAGCCAACUCCCAGCAAGUGGAAGGGAGUGAAAGAGUACAGUAUGGGCCAUGUGACAGAGAAUUUUAGGGGAAGAUUAAUAACAAGUUAUGAUUGUGGUGCGCCGAUCUCACAGGUAAGGGCUAAUCUUGCUGAACGUUUCAGUGGCAUUGAAAACGUAAUCCUAACUGAAAAAGACAUGUCACACAUAGUACACACUGAACGAAGGUUGAAAAUGGAAGGUGGGGAUGCGAAUGCUAUGAUGUCCUAUUUUGAGGGGUUGCAAAAGGACAAUGAUAAAUUCUUCCAUGCCCACAGACUUGACAAUGAAGGUCGUCUAAAGGACAUUAUGUGGGUUGAUGCAAGGAGUCGUGUUGCCUUUAAUGACUUUGGGAAGGUAGUAUGCUUUGAUUCUACAUACCUAACCAACUCAUAUGAGCUCCCUUUUGCUAAUUUUGUCGGAGUGAAUCAUCAUGGCCAGUCAUUGUUGCUUGGUUGUGCAUUGAUGUCCCAUGAAUAUGCUAAAAGUUUUACAUGGUUGUUUAGGCAGUGGUGCAUAUGCAGGGGGGGUAGAUAUCCUGUUGCUAUUCUAACUGACCAGGCACCGGCUAUGAGACGUCAUUUGGAAGUAGUAAUGCCUGAAACUCGACAUCGUUGGUGUCUAUGGCAUAUAAUGAACAAAAUCCCAUCCAAGCUCGGUACUCAUACUAGGUAUGCAGAGUUAAAAGAGGUGAUGAAAGAGGUGGUGUAUGAGAGCCUAUCCGUAGAGGAGUUUGAGAGUAGGUGGGCUGAUAUGUUAGUUGAAUUUAAGGUUAAAGAGCAUAAGAGUAAGAAUUGGCUGGGUGACAUGUUUAAGGACAGGAAGAUGUGGGUGCCUGCCUUUUUAAACAAUUAUUUUUGGGCCGGCAUGAAGACAACGCAGCGGGUAGAGUCAAUAAAUUCGUUUUUCGAUGGUUUUUUGGAGAGAGGCACAAAGUUUUUUGAGUUUCCCAAAAAAUAUUGUGCUGCUAUGAAUAAAAGGUGUAGUGAUGAGAAAAAUGCGGACUCAAAUUGUGCGAAGUAUAUUCGUAAACUGGUUACUGGAUUCCACAUUGAGAGUGUAUUCCAGAAGAUAUACACGGACAACAAGUUUAGAGAUGUGCAGAGAGAAUUUGAGAGGAUGCUCUAUUGUGUUGUGAAGGAGGAGAAACAGAUUUCGGAUAAACACUUUGAAUACUUGAUGGAAGACCGUGUGUGGAUCAUUGUUAAAGGCAAAAGUGAAGAGGUAUUGACGAAAUACAAGAAAUUCUACGUAGUGAAGUUUGGUACGAGUCCAAUGGAAAUAUCUUGUGUUUGUAAGUUGUUUGAGACUAGGGGUAUUCUGUGUAGGCACUGUAUUCGGGCGUUAGAAACAAACUUUGUGGUUGAUAUUCCUGAAAAAUACAUCCUUCGGCGAUGGCGGAAGGAUGUGUAUCGGAAGCAUAUGCAUGUUAGGUUGGUUCCUAUGAUCCGACAAAGACGGAAGUUGCUAAAAGGUUUGAUAAGAUGA